CUAGGUACCCCGCGGCCUUGUCUAUGGCUCUCGCGUUUCUCCCGAAGAAGCCAAAGCGACGAAUGUAAAUAUGGCCGCCUGACAAAACAUUCCGAGAUAGCAGCAGCGAUCAACGGCACCGUGUAUCGCUUUCGCUCGCGGACAUGUUGCGCAGUGGAACGACGUCAUCCUGACCGCUCGGGGUUUCUUGCUUCGGCGUGACGCAACGACGAGGAGUCGACGAGGAGGAACCGCGAGGGAGAGAGAGAGAAUCUCGGAGAGGAAAGUUCUGGUCUCGAAUCGCCAGGUUGUACGUGAAAAAAAAAUCGCAUUAAAUAGGCGUAGGUGGUGAGAGAAGGGGGCGGAUCGGGUUCGCGAUCACGAGGGGUUGUCGCGAUUGCGAGGUUCGGACAGGAGACAAGAAGGCGAGGAUUUAUAGAAGGUCUAGGAGUAGCUAUCAGGAAAGAUUUCUAAGAGACAAGUGUUUUGCCAACUCGUCGACCAGGUACGCGGUGCCACCGGAUUCGCCGUCGAUCUAUCACGGAAUAGUGGAUACCAGCUGAUCUCAACGAGGGUCCUUAUAUAGUGCUGACCCAGCAAUUAGAUUCGACUUAACGAGGAGAAAGAGAAAGCUAGAGAGGAAAUUGAUCGUACGUCUCGAUCAUGACAAUUCUAUCGAAGAAGAAAACAAACGCCUCGAAAGAUAGGACGCGCGAGACAGGCGCUGGUCCAGAGGUCGAUGUUCAUCACGGGGUAGUUCAGAACGAGCACAAUUCCGGGAACAUCGCGCUACCGAACAGUCCUUAUCAGGUACGCGGUGCCAGUGGAUUCGAUCUACAUGGAGUACCAGCUGAUCACGGAUCUCACAAUGGUCCUAUAGUGUUGACUGGCAACUCGUAUGAGGCAAAUGUAGAUCGUCGUGAAGACAAACACUUUGAAGAUGGGAGUGGUCCAAGUCAUGGGAAACGUCACAGACAAAGAGCCAGCCCUCACAGCUGUAUUAGCAGACCUUCACGUGCAAAACGUGACAGAGAAAGGGACAGAGGCAGAGAGAGAGAGAGAGAAAGAGAACGCGAAAGACAAGCUACACCACCAGCUGCUUCUUGCAAUUCACAAGGUACAGAUUCUAGUGUAAGUGGGAGAGUAAACAUUGUUGGAAAUGCCUCUAAUUUGGAGGAGGCAAAUGGCUACAAUAGUGGUGAUGAAUACACAGGACGUACGGAAAAUAAUCUUACAUUAGUGGAAUGGCAAGAAAGGGAUAGAUGGUUUGAGAAGCGUCUCAAGAAGAAGAGCCUUAUAAUAAAGAAGAUGGCAGAGGAUGGAGCAUGCUUAUUUAGAGCAGUUGCGGAUCAAGUUUAUGGAGAUCAAGAAAUGCAUGGAAUCGUACGAAAGCACUGUAUGGAUUACAUCUCUUCCAAUCAGGAGUUCUUCUCGCAUUUUGUAGCAGAGGAUUUCAGCACCUAUGUGGAUAGGAAGAGGCAAGAAUAUGUUCAUGGAAAUCAUAUAGAAAUGCAAGCUAUGUCAGAAAUGUACAAUCGUAGCAUACAAUUGUACUGUUAUAGUACUGAACCUAUCAAUAUCUUUCAUACUAUGGUGGAAAGUGAUAAUGAACCAAUCAGGUUGUCGUAUCAGCGUGGCAGCCAUUACAACAGCAUAGUUGAUCCAUUCAAAGCCACUAUAGGCGUUGGGCUUGGUUUACCAUCGUAUAAUCCCGGUGCUGCUGAUCGCGCCUUGAUUUCGGAUGCAGUUCGUCAGAGUGAGGAAUUACAAAUUGAACAGACAAUGUUGGAAGAUAAAAUAAAAGCUACUGACUGGGAAGCGACUAAUGAAGCUAUCGAAGAACAAGUAGCCAGGGAAAGUUAUUUACAAUGGUUGCGCGAUAAUGAAAUGCGUAAGGCACGUUCAGCCAGUAGUAGCAGUACGAGCACAGUUACGAGCGCGCAACAUAAUCAUUCACACUUUCAUUCACAUGGAGGUCGUGGACAACAGCGUAGCCAUACCUCUUCUCCGACUACGACACAAACUAGCCAAGAUAAUUUACGUAAUUCUCCAAAGGUGAGCGACGCGGUGCGAUAUAGCAAACGAUCGCCGCAGCAUCAGUCGACUCAAGGGUCUAGCAUAUCCCAUUUGCCACCAGAAUUUGAAGUAAAGGUGACAUCGCAAGAGCCUGUACCGGGCAGUAGCAAAGAAGCAAAUGCGUCACCCGAUAUUUCAUUGUUCAAUCGCCUUCCUCCUGAAGUAUUUGGUCUGACAGAUUGGGAAGACAGCCAUAUACUUUCACAAGUGUUGGCGACUUCGCAGCAGGAAUAUUUGGAUAGUCUGAAGCAGUCACGCGUGUCUGCCGGAAGCGAUGGCGCCAAUACGAUAGAAUCUAGUGCUAUUAACAAUUCUUGAAAUGCAGUCGGUAACGACAAAGUUCAAAAAAUAUCAGAGUAUAAAUAUAUAUUACAUUUAUAUAUUGCAGUAUCAUCUAAUCCCAUAUUGUGCUAGGGCAUAAGGUGAUUUGCUUUCUUAUCCUCGAGUAAAUGUUGCAAUAAUCACUAUUUGGUUUUCUUCUUUUUA